AUGGGGAUGUUUGAGCAAACAAAGCCUUAUCUAGCAAUGACGAUCUUGCAAUUUGCUUAUGCAGGCAAUUCCAUAAUGACCAAAAUUUCUUUGAACGACCGAAUGAAUCAUUUUGUUCUGGCAGUGUACAGGAACAUCUUCGCCACCAUAGUUUUUGCUCCUUUCGCUUUUUUUCUUGAAAGGCCAGUCAGUAAUAAUUUCUAUUACGUGGGUUUAGAAUUUUCUUCUCCCACAUUCGGGAGCGCUAUGUUUAACUUGGUUCCCGUUACCACUUUUUUUAUUGCUCUCAUCUUCAGAAUGGAGAAAAUACAAAUUCGGAAGAUACGCAGUCAAUCAAAAAUUGUAGGAACAUUAGUGUGCGUCAGUGGGGCAAUGGUGAUGACUUUCUACAAUGGACCGAUUGUUCCCAUGCCUUGGCAUUAUCACCAUCUGAAGACUCAUGAUCAUGGUAAUGAGGAUAUCUUCAAAGGGUGCCUUUGUUUAGUUGCAAUGAUCCUUUCUUGGGCUUCACUGUUUGUUCUUCAGGCUUGGGUUCUGAAGAGUUAUCCUGCACAACUUUCUCUUACCACUCUAGUGUGCUUGAUUGGCUCCUUACAGUCACUUGUAGUCACUUGGGCUAUUGAACGCCAUCCAUCUGUCUGGGCGCUUGGAUUCGACAUGAAGCUUUUGACGGCUGUUUAUUCUGGAGUGAUAGUUACAGGAGUUGGAUGUUAUCUACAAGGAUUGUGCAUGAAGACAAAAGGCCCUGUAUUUGCCACUGCAUUCUUUCCGUUGGGAAUGGUAAUUACAGCCAUCAUGGACUCAAUUAUUCUUCAUCAAAGAAUCUAUUUGGGCAGCGUGCUGGGAGCAGUGGUAAUAGUAAUAGGAUUCUACGGCGUUUUGUGGGGCAAAAUGAAGGACACAGAACAAACUCGUGAGGACGCAAACGUCGAUGAUCCCCUUGUUUCUGGGGUCUAUGGCCUGGUUCGAACAACGCUCUCCCUUUCAACUCUGGAUGGUGAUGUUGAACCCUCUGUUCCGCGUUUGUGGGGAUCCUAUAUGCUUUGUUCGUUGGUGAUGCAGACAGGUGGAUUUUCUGCCAGCGUGGAUGUUGUGGCUCAGUCGUGGAUUUUUAUGUUCUCGCCUGGCUGGUGGGCUCCGCUUAAUAUGCUCUAUGUUUGUUGUGCCUUCCCUACCCGGGUCGUAGAGAGACCUUUCUUUGGUUUCCGGUGUGAUGUGGGGCUCUUUCACUUGGCCUCCCAGGGGUUUGUGGUCAGUAAUGUUAGUUUGCCCUCUACCAUUUUUGGGCUUUUUGUUUCUAGUUCAUUUUAUUUUGUGUCGACUAGCAACCUGGCUCGUAAUCCUAUCUAG